AUGGCUUCCGAAGCCCCAAAGGAACUCCCCGUGCGCCCUGCCGCCGAAGCUCAAGGAAAUCCUGCUGCUGCUGCCCCGCCUCAAGACGCCAAAAAACAAGCCCCUCCUAGCGAGCCCCUCCCCGACUGGGCGAUCGAGCGCAACAAUCUGUUCGAAGAAUUGUGGCAAAAGCACCUCAAGGACCUCGCGGCCAAGGAUCACCCUUCGAUCGAAGUUUCUCUCGAUAUUGGCGACGGUAGCCCUAAGUCGGUCCCCGCAAAGGCCUUCGAAACUACACCGGGCUCAUUCUUGCGCGAUGUGCCAAAGGACGUGGCUGCCGAGGUUGUUAUCGCGAAGGUCAAUGGAGAACUAUGGGAUCUGAACCGUCCACUCGAGGCCGAUUCUGCCGUUAUCCUGGUCCCAUUUUCCGACCCCGAGGCUCGGAAUGUUUUCUGGCACUCUUCGGCUCACUGUCUUGGAGAGUCUUGCGAAGCUCAGUUCGGCUGCCUCCUGAGCCACGGUCCUCCUACACCCCAGGGUUUCUUCUACGAUAUGGCUAUGCCUGGAGGACGUGCUGUCAUUGAAAGUGAUUGGAAGCCCCUUGAACAGAAGGCUGCCAAGAUUUUCAAGCAAAAGGAGAGUUUCGACCGCCUGGAGGUAUCUAAGGAAGAUUUGCGUCGCAUGUUCAGCUAUUCUCCCUACAAGCUGCACUAUAUCGAAAAAUUGGUGGUGGGCGAGUAUAGCACCGUCUACCGUAACGGUGAUCUGGUUGAUCUUUGCCGUGGCCCUCAUAUCCAAAACACAGGCAAAAUCAAGACAUUCAAAAUCAUGCAAAACUCCUCCGCUUACUUCCUCGGCGACCAGUCGCAAGACAGUCUGCAGAGAAUUCGAGGUGUUGCUUUCCCAGACAAGAAGCGAAUGGCAGAUCACUUGAAGUUCCUCGAGGAGGCAGAGAAGCGCAAUCACAUAAGACUGGGCAAGGAGCAGGAGCUCUUCUUCUUUGACGAGACCUCUCCCGGAUCCCCUUUCUUGCUUCCCGCUGGUACAAGGAUCUUCAAUGCCCUCCAAAAGCUGCUUCGGUCGGAGUACCGCAAGCGCAACUACCAGGAGGUCCAGACUCCGAACAUGUUCGAUGUCAGCCUGUGGAAGACAUCCGGUCAUUUCCAGCACUACGCCGAUGACAUGUUUCAGCUUAACGUUGAGAAGAAGAACUGGGCUCUUAAGCCUAUGAACUGCCCAGCCCACUUUAUUUUGUUCGGUCAUCGUGAACGAAGUUACCGGGAGUUGCCCCUCAGGAUUGCGGAUUUCGGAGUUCUUCACCGCAAUGAAGCCUCUGGAGCGCUUAGUGGGCUAACCCGAGUGCGGAAGUUCCAACAGGACGAUACCCACAUCUUCUGCACCCAGGAUCAAAUUCGUGCCGAAAUCGAGGAUCUCUUCGAUUUCCUGAGAAGUGUCUACGGGCUGUUCGGAUUCUCUUUCCAAUUGAAGUUGUCGACUCGGCCAGAGAAGUACAUGGGAGAAAUCGCUGAGUGGGAUAAUGCCGAGGAUCAGCUCAAAAAGGCGUUGACCGACUUCUGUGGUAAAGACUGGACUAUUGACGAGGGCGAUGGCGCGUUCUAUGGGCCGAAGAUCGACAUAUCUUUAAGUGAUAGUCUUCAGAGAAGCCAUCAGUGCGCGACUAUCCAACUUGAUUAUCAGGCUAGCCAUAACUUCAAAUUGUCUUAUCAAACCAACGAAAGCCAGAAUAAGAACAUCGAUGAGGCCGUAAAGGAUGAUGAGGCCAAGGACAAAGACUGGCUUCCUCCGAACCGCGGGCGUCCAGUAGUUCUGCACCGCGCAAUUAUCGGUUCAUUCGAACGGUUCUUGGGUAUCCUAAUCGAACAUUUCGCAGGGAAGUUCCCCUUCUGGAUCUCUCCCCGACAAAUCAUAAUCGUUCCGGUUAUGCCCCAACUGAACGAGUACGCCGAGGAGGUCAAAUCGAUUUUCGCCGCCGAUAAACUUUACGUGGAAGUUGACACCAGUGGAAACACCCUCCAAAAGAAGAUUCGCACUGCGACCCUCUCUCAUGCCAACUUCAUCUUCGUCGUGGGUCAACAGGAGAUGGAAAGCAGAACGGUCAAUUGUCGGGCUAGGGAUGAUCCCUCCAGCCACGCCAAGGGUGUUAUGGUCGGCAUCGAUGAGAUGAGGGAGAAGCUUCGGGUGCUCCGCAAGGAGCGUCGUCUCAUAUCCUCGCUCUAUGAAAUCGCCAAAUCCCCAAGGCGCCGUCUGGAGCUCUAG